AUGAUCUCACGGUUGCAGGGAAGCCUAGGACCGAUCUUGCGAGGGCAGAUUUAUUCAACUCAAAUUGUUGCACACAACUUUUAUUCUAGACGAAAUAAGCUGUGGAAGGUCAUCAUUGAAGAGCCAAAACAAUAUAAGAAUGCUGAAUUGGAAAGACAUCAUGCAAAAAUUUCCGACUUUUUACACGAUAGCCAACUACCAUUAAAACGAAAAAGAAAGCUCAUCAUCAGUACUCUUCAAGAAGUCAUUGCUCUACCGUCAGAUAAAGAACAAGUUGAACUCAUCAAUUUUGUAUUGCGCGAGUUUAAAAACUUGCAACGAAAACACAACUCGAGCACCACCAUACCCAUAGAUAUUUUGAGUCACACUUUUCGUCGAUUGUACCCAGACAUUGAGAAAAAUCAUUCUGAAAUAUACGAUGAACUAGUCACUGAGUUACUGCGACAUUACAACAAGCUCUCUAAUGAGACACUUAUUUUAUUGAUUGACCUACUAUCGCAACGAAAUAUCGAUACCGAAUACAUUUUCCAGAGUUUGGGAACAAGAUUGAAUGAAAAUUUUACAAGGGAAUAUUUUAGCAUGAUGGAGAGGAGGCAGAAGUUGAAAUUGAAUGUAUUUGAAGUAAUGAUAAAAUUCGGCAUAAGAGAUUCGUAUAUUACUGCAUUGAAUAACUACAUUGAAAAAUUAUUUGAAGAUGAAACACCAGAAGUACAUUGUUACAAAGAUUUGGAAAGACACUUAGACCGGAUUCAUAUGCUUAUUUCCAAUGUCAUUGAUACUGUUGAUUUUGAAAAAAUUUCAAUACGAUCGCUUUUAACUUUGCUUCGACUCAAUGAUGAAUUGUCGCAAGUAAACAAUUUCAAAGGUUCGAGCAAGCGGACAUAUACCUUGUUGGAUAGUUUAUACCAACGUUUCGACAAUUUGCAACAAGUUCUACAAAAACCCAACAAUUCUAUCGAUGCGACUUUAUUAGAAACCUUAUUAUACAAAGCUAGAGAAUGCAAUAAGCUACUAUUUUUCAAAGUACUAGAUAUUUUGAAACACACAAAACUGCAAAGCAAUUCGUAUUUGAUAGAGGAAGCUACAAUAUUAAAUCUCAUUAAUGGUGAGAGUAAGAAUGAGAACCAUCGUGAUUGCGAAAUUGAUAGUGAAGAUGUAUCACAAAUUUCAUAUGAGUUAUAUCAGAAACUAGAAUCAUGUUCUAUUGAAACGUUUAACAAGAUGGUACCAAUUAUUGCAAAAAUAUCUCCACAAACAGUAUCGUCAUUACUCAAGUUGUAUAACUCACGCGGUAUUGCUCCAUCUGCUGAAUUCUAUAAAGCUCUUCUAGACAAUGCCAUAAACCGAGAUGAUCACAAAGCUGCAUUGAAAAUAUUUGAAGAUGCCAAACUCGAUGUAGAUUGGCUCGAAGCUGCCAACGAUCCUUCAGUUGCCAAGACUUUGAAUGAGCUCAUACAAUGCGUCAUGGAGGCGUUGCCCAUUAAUGAAUCGUUUCGAAUUUUUCGUACUGUGAAAACUGCUUUACCACUGCAAAUCAGUGCAGACACUAUAAAUGCAAUAGCUGUCAAGUUGCUUGAGAGUAACUAUGUGGGAGACUGUAUGACCUUGAUGAAGCGCGAACUUCCUGAAAUCGAAGAUGAGAAAUUACGAUUACCCAUUGAUAAGCCUUAUGGUUACAAGUACAUGAAUUUAUUCAACACUGUGCACGAGUAUGUGAUUUCAAACAAGAGUGACAAAACUGUCAAUAACAAUUGGUUUCUCUACAAGGACAUGUACAAAUAUUUUCAUGUACCAGUUGACAGAAUCUUACCAACCAUGAAAUUCUUUUGUGACAAUAAUAGGUGGCAUGGAGCUCUACUCAUAUUCAAUAAGAUGGUUGAACAAUCACAAAUACAUGGUAAGCAUUCGUUUGAGCCACCUACAAAGGAGAUUUACACUUAUCUACUAGAAGAGUUUGGAAACAGCUUGUAUGAAGAAGGAGUGGUUGAGGUUCAUGAGUGGCUCAAAAUGGAUACAAACAUCCAAGAGCAAGGACUUGAAUUGAGCAAUAUUAUUAUGAAUGCAUAUUGUAAUUUGCAAGAUACACCAAAAGUACGAGACUUGUUCCUCUCGACAAGUGUAAACCAGGGUGUCAACGAAGAGAGUGCAGUAAUUAUGCUAAAAGCUUAUACUUACAACGACUUGAAUUACGUUGAUAAGUUUUGGAAUAACUUGUCCACCUUUGGAUUGGUCCCCGAAUAUAGUUUGUUUCGACAAUAUUUGAUUGCACAAGCAUAUCAUGGAAAAGUGGAUAAGUCAUUUGCAUUACUAGAAGAAGCUGAAGACUAUGAUGUUGAGGUUAAUGAAGAUUUGUUGCUUUCAAUGCACAACUAUUGUUACAUGGAAGAGCCCCAAGCCGAGAUUAAGAGGCUUGCUGCUGUGCAAUAUCCUCAAAUCUGGCAAAAUGUAGAGCAAUCCGGUUUAUUGCUGCAAACUAAAGGUUAUAGACCUACCGAAAGUUUCUUGAUAGAUGGUUCAACAACAAACGAAAGACGUUUACCAUUAGCUGAAGAAGCUAGACAUUUCACACCGGAACAAGCAGCAGCAGAUCCCGUCUUACCAAGUGAAAGUAGACAAAAAAUUCACUAA